UCUUUUCUUGCUGCCGGCACUGUCUUCGGAGCAAUAUCUCUAGGACAGGUUGAUACAAGAGAGCAGAAACAUGAAGUUUGCAUCCCUCGCCCUUUUGCUGGGAGUCCUGUGCCUGACUGCCGCUCAGGAAAUCGACCCAGAUCUUCUUGAGCAGCUGAGGCAAGAUCAUCCUGAAUUGUUGGACCUCCUCCUGCAGGGUGGCGCAUACCGCGAUCCCUUGGACCGACCCAAUGUCAUCCUCCUCGUCGCCGACGAUAUGGGCGUCGGUGAUCUGACAUCGUACGGUCACCCAGCCCAGGAACCAGGUUUCAUCGACGAGAUGGCUGCCGGAGGUAUGCGAUUCACCAAUGGAUAUGUGGGCGAUUCAGUCUGCACUCCCAGCAGAUCGGCCAUCAUGACAGGUCGUCUCCCCAUCCGUAUUGGUACCUAUGGAGAGAUCCGAGUCUUCCUACCCUGGACAAAGACUGGUCUCCCCAAGAGCGAAGUCACCAUUGCUGAGGCCAUGAAAGGAGCCGGUUACGCAACAGGCAUGGUCGGAAAAUGGCAUCUUGGUAUCAAUGAGAACUCACCGACAGAUGGAGCACAUCUCCCAUUCAACCAUGGAUUCGAUUUCGUUGGGCAUAAUCUUCCUUUCACCAACAGCUGGUCUUGUGACGAUACAGGGCUUCACAAGGACUUCCCCGAUAGCGAUAAAUGCUACCUCUACUACAACGCCACUCUGAUGACCCAACCGUACCAGCACAAGGGUCUCACCCAGCUCUUCACUAACGAUGCUAUCGGUUUCAUUGAAGACAACGCAGCUGAUCCCUUCUUCCUCUACGUGGCCUUCGCUCACAUGCACACCAGUCUUUUCUCCAGUGACGAAUUCGCUUGCACUUCACGACGUGGACGUUACGGUGAUAACCUUCUGGAAAUGCACGAUGCUGUUGAGAAAAUGGUUGCAUCCUUGACUGAAAAUGGUAUCCUCGACAACACCAUUAUCUUCUUCAUCUCUGACCACGGACCUCAUCGUGAAUACUGCUUAGAAGGAGGAGAUGCAAACAUAUUCCGAGGUGGCAAGUCCCAUUCUUGGGAAGGUGGUCACCGCAUCCCGUACAUUGUUUACUGGCAUGGGACCAUUACUCCUGGAGUCUCCAACGAACUCGUCACAUCAAUGGACGUUAUUGCUACCGCAGCUGACCUCGGCGGCACCACUCUUCCAACAGACCGUAUUUACGACGGAAAGAGCAUCAAGGAUGUCCUCCUCAACGGAGCUUCAUCACCCCAUGAGAAUUUCUUCUAUUACUGCAAGGACAACUUGAUGGCCGUCCGCGUCGGCAAGUACAAGGCCCAUUUCAAAACCCAGCGUGUCCGCGCCCAGCACGAGUACGGUGAAGAAUGCGCAGGUGGUUUCCCGCUAGAGGACUACUUCGAUUGCAAUGAGUGCGAGGGAGAUUGCGUGACCGAGCACGACCCACCUCUUCUCUUCGACCUCCACCAGGACCCAGGUGAAGCGUAUCCUCUGGAAGCCUGCGGAAACGAAGAUGUAUACGUAACCAUCAGGGAAGCGGUGGAGGCGCAUAGGGCUGUUUUGGUCAAAGGGGAGUCUCUACUUGAUACGCUCGACCACUCCAUCGUACCAUGUUGCAACCCAGAAACUGACUGUGUCUGCAACUAUACGCAAGAGUCGGGUAUGCCAGAAUGCUACCAGGAUCUCGUCGAAACAUCUGCAAGGUACUUCAAACCAUAGAGUUCCUGAUGAUCCGCACCCGGCCAAACGUGACAGACGACUGACCAAUGCUACCCUCCCUUAUUCGAUUGUCUUCCAUUGUUCUAUAAAAUAUAUUUUCUAACUGUCGGAUACUAUAGUAUUUCUUUGUCGAGGUGAAUGGUAUAUCUAUCUAACUUUUGUAGGCCUAAUUUCCACUAUUAAAGAAUCAAAAUUGAGAACCCCUUGAUUAUUCUGAUGUUCAGUGAACUUUUUGUUGAAAAUAUUCCUGACUCAGCUUAUGAUUUGGGGGAAGAAUUGAUUGGCUUUUGCGUAUUAUCAUGCAGUUGCAUUAGUUGAUGAUUAACAAUGAGAAAAAAACACGAAACAACCCAGUUCGUGAUUCUACAAGUCCCAUACAUUCAUUUGAGAAGCGACACGAGUCAUGCUUAUCUAUCCGAUGUCUUUCAGCUUUAUCAUUUCCAUAUUGCCUUGAGUGCCUGAGCCAUUUACCAUGUUACAGAUACAAAUAAACUAAACUUAUAUUGACUGC